AUAUAUUAUAAAUUAAAAUCCAUUCUGAUUGGAUGAAUCAAUUUCGAUAAGAAGAUAAUUAAAAAUAAGAGAUCUAAGAUGAUAAUCUAAUGUUUUAAUAUAAUUUUUAUUUAAUAGAAGGCAAAUACCAAACUAUAGUAGGUUUCUACCUAUAGCAAAUAUAAACAGAAUCAUGAAGAAAGCACUCCCUGAAAAUGCGAAGAUUGCUAAAGAUGCCAAAGAAACUGUAUAAGAAUGUGUUUCAGAGUAAGGAAUAAUUUGAUAAAUAGAUUCAUAUCAUUCAUAACAUCAGAAGCUUGUGAAAAAUGCAAGAAUGAGAAAAGGAAGACAAUAAAUGGAGAAGACCUAUUGUAUGCCAUUAACACAUUGGGUUUUGAAAGUUAUGUUGAUAUAUUAAAACUCUAUUUAAAUAAAUAUAGAGAGGUACAAAAUGCAUAUCAUUGGAUAGGCAGUCAAAGCGGUAGAGGGCACAACAGGAGCAACUAAUUAAAAAAGGAAAAGGCAAAAUUCAUCUGAUGAUGAUGACGAGGAUGAUGAAGAAGAUGAAGAAGAUAACGAUGAUGAUGAUCAAUCCUGAAC